AUUCACAUAUCGCAAUUUGUGUCUUUUAUCCACGAAGCUUUCCCAGAACUGAGGCCUGCUCAUUGUUUACGUUCGCCUGGAUUAUCCUUAAGAUACUUCCCCCUUAAUCCGCUAGAGAUGCCAACUCCAGAUUCUGGAGUGUUAUUUGACGUUUAAAAUUCCGAGGAAAACUCGAGCGUUCAUUCCACGGCGAUAAACUUGGUUCUCUCCGCCCGAAAAAUAUCUCGGCCUAACCUAAUUCUAAGAGAAUUCGAAAGAAUUCGCUCGCAAAUGAUUUUUGACUUUUUUGGGGAACUUGCACUUUCGAUGGGGGGAAAAUAUAAUUGUGAUGAAUGAUGUUUAUUGGAACUUUUCUUGGCAAGUAUAUUGCAGUUUCGGUCAAAAAUAAUAGUUUUAACUCUGUAUUUUUUUCCCACCAGCGAUGGAGAAAGCGAUGGUUUGCCCUUCGUCACAGUGGCGAGCUGCCUGGUCAAUAUUUUUUGGAAUAUUAUACAGAUAGGCGCUGUCGUAAACUCAAGGGACGCAUUGAUUUGGAUCAAUGUGAACAGGUGGAUGCAGGUCUUAGAUUUGAAAAUCGCAAACAGAAGUAUCAAUAUAUGUUUAAUGUCAAGACACCUAAACGAAUCUAUUAUUUAGUCGCUGAGAAUGAAACUGAUAUGAACAAAUGGGUGGAUGCGGUUUGUCAAGUUUGUGGUCUGAAGGCAUAUACUCAGGACGACGAACAACAAAUAUUUCAAUAUGAGUCUCAAGAAUCCCCACCAACUUCACCCACUAGCACAAUCUCCGGUCCCUACAUUCCUAUUAGCGAAUGCAUUUCUGGUCGUCGACUCAAUGAUACCAGCUCCUUGAGUUCUGCCCUUGGACAGGGACCCGAGCACUACGAUGCCCCGAGAAAAUUGGCACCUUCACCACCACGAUCACCUACAACGACAGAUGCCGAGAGUGUCUUCACAGAUGAUGAAUGGGCGCCUGUAAUGUCCAUACAUUGGGACACACUUCCAACAGGUGAUUCACGGCAACCUCACGGUUCAGGUGAUCAGGAGAUUGGCUCGUGGAGUGUGAGAAAACGCUUCGGUAAACUUCGGAUCGUCGAUUCCGCAUUGCCACCAGCCAUGGAGAAGUUACCAGCACCGCCAAGGCCACCGAAACCACCCCAUAUGUUACCUGAAAAUCCUGGUCAUAACUAUUUGAACUUAGAUGGUGCCACCGAGAGUUCGAAACCGAGUACCCCGGCGACACCGGCGCCGACGACGCCUGCUGCUGCCGCCGCGACGAUAGCGACGAGUGUCGUGACCGAUGAAUCGUAUGAUUUUCCUAGAUCUCAUCAACCGCAAGCAACGCAAACGACUGUCGAGAGCAGCGCGGCAGCGGUCGAUCAAUCGUCGAAGCACUUUUACUCAAACGCCGCGCCGAGCACUAUCAGUGACGAAACGCAGAAUGUCUUUCGCUAUGAUUUCCACGAGGACGAACCGCCAAGUCCGCGUUCUGAAAACUCGACCACGGCGACGUACUCGAAUCUACCUAGCCCUCUCGUGCGAGAUGGUUGUACAAGCGUACCGACCACCAUGGCACCGCCUCCACCGAUAGUAUAUAGAGAGCUGAAACCUGGUAGGAAAACUAGCGAUUCAAUGUCUAUCAUAAGCAACGAACCAUCACCAGGUCCAACGAUAGUAACGAUGUACGAUGUGAGCUCUGCCGAACACUCUCCGGCUGAACCGCCCAGCAUCAAUAGGAAACUAAAGCCGCCAUUGAAUAAAUCGCCAGUGGAAGCACCUCAUUUACAACUUGCAUCUCCUCCCGGAAGAGGAAGAAUGCGGGCGGCGCCCAGUCCAACGCCUCCAUCACAUAUGCACUCAACACGUCAUCAAUCGACAUCGGACGAAGACAAUAACGCAUUCGAGGAUAAAGAAGAGAUAUACUAUUACCAAGACCACAAUACGUUUAUUCCGGCGUCCAAUCGCUUGGUGGUGCUGCAAUAUCUGGAUCUUGAUUUGAAAACGACAGAGAGCUUUAAUUCUUCGACAUUACCGCCCGCGCCAUCUCUUCCGAGUACGACAGUGUACAAAACCGUGGAUUUCGUCAAAACGGAGGCUUUCAAUCGCACUCGACAGCGAGUAGAGGAAGAGAGAAAAUUAUGCACGGACGAAUUAACGUAGAGAGCGAAUUGUAUUAUACGAAUCAGACGGAUGUUAAAUAGAUUAAAUUCGUAAUGUGUGUGGACUUUUACUAUGUUACGUAAGGACUUUCCUUAUUUUAAGUAUCAAUAUGUUAGAACACAAUAUUGUGAAAAAGUAAUAGAACGAAAGAUGAUAUUUACACAAAGGACGCAGUAUUUACACAAAGAUAACAUCCAUCACUUUUACGAAGUAUCAAUUUAUUCUUUAACAUAACGAUGAUUUGUUUCAUAAAUUGGCUAUGUAAUUAAAAGAGGCAAUUGAAUAUUGAAGUAUUGUACAGCAAUAUAAAAUGGACCAAAAAUAUAAUAUAAAGGGAAGUGAAUGAUAGAAUGACAAGUGCAAGUGCACUCUUGUUAGGAAAUCAUUUUGAAAAGGAAUUUCUCGGUUAAAUCAAGUUGAAGUAUUAUUUAAGUUGUCAAACUUCUCUUAUCUUUGGGUACAAUUGUAGUUUUAUAUACAUAGUUUUAUGUAGGAACAACGUGCGGGGCAUUCUUAUUCUCAACUAUAUGUGCAACGAAUAACUAAAUUUGUAGUAUUGUUCGUUUAAGGAUGUCCUAUUUUUAGCAUUAGAUAUAAAAUGAUACAGAAUAUUUUUUUAUCAUGUCGCAACGAAAUCCGUUUUAUCAAGAUAAUUAGAUGCAGUACUCAUUGCAAAGAUAAUUCGUUACAUGUAUAUUAACAUGAUUGUUAUAUUAACAUGAUCGAAAAUAAUACUGUAUUUUAAUACAUAUUAUAAGUGGCUUUUAAACGAUCAAUGCUAUACAAUCAUAUUGUACGAUAUUGAUCAUUUAGGAACUGCUUUAUAUAGAUUCUUUUAUUAAUCUAAUUUAUAUAUGAUACAUAUAAAUACGUAUUUAUAUGUAGAUUAUAUUGUUGCAUUGAUUAAGAGCAUAAAACUGCAAAAAAA